CCAACCUUGAACCUUUCCUCACUGAAUCAUCACAACUCAGCACCAGUCCCACAACACAAAGGAAGCCACCCUUGCAUUCCCUUUGAAUUGUCCGCCUCCUUGGAGUCUUACAAGUCCCAAAAUCAGAUAGAAACACAGCCAUUCAUUAGAUAAGGCUUUGAACAAUCUAAAAAUCCCAUCUUUUCAGCCGAUUAAGCCCUAUCCGGCUAUCCCAGAAACAAAACCCGCAAAGUUUUUGUUUUUGUUUUUGUUAGUUCUACUUAAUGUGUUACGUGCUUAUCCCAGAAGUGAAUUAACAAGAUAGACUUUUGUUAUUCAUUUUUCUGGAGGCUGCAUGAGUAGGCAGGAUUUUGACAAAGGGUGCCUCUUCAAAUUGUGGAGCUUGAAAAUAUUGCAGCUUAAGAAGCAUCCAUGGCUAUGGUCACAGUCUUUCCUCUGUCUUCCUAUGGUUUCAGUCACUCAAAACGGCAAGCUUGUCUAUCGGCACCGCCUACUUCUGGAGUUCGCCAUCGCCUCGCUUCUUGCAGAUGGUUGAAUUUUAGUUCUCCUUGUGGUAUUCGCAGGUUUCAAAAUUUACAAAGUAGCUGUUCAAUUACAAACACUGAUGUAGACUUUAGUCAUCUUGGUACUGGUGAUGAGUCCCCACAAGAUUUGUUGGCUGAUGAGUCCUGCUGUUCUGCUCCAAUCGUUCAUCUUAAACCUGAUAUUCUUGACACUGAAUCUUUGGGGUUAUUGGAUGAAGGGGCUUAUGUCGAUAGCCUUUUGACAGUAUUGCCUGUUCUAUCGGCAGAGGAGCAGAAUGCCCUUGCAGCAACUCCAGCCCAUCCAGCAGGAUUAUAUGCUUGUUAUGCUAGUUGCCUGGCUGGAAAUUUAGUGGAACAGCUUUGGAAUUUCGCUUGGCCUUCUGCUAUUGCAUUGCUUCAUCCAAGCCUUCUUCCAGUAGCAGUCAUGGGAUUCUUCAGCAAGACUGCAAUCAUUGUUGGAGGUCCUGUGGUUGGCAAACUGAUGGAUAAUUCUCCCCGUGUACCAGCAUAUAUAAGCUUGAAUGUUGUCCAGGCUGCUGCCCAGUUGCUAUCUGCAGCAUUGAUAAUUCAUGCCCAUACUUUUCCUCCACCUUCAGCAUCAUCCAUGCUUCUCCAUCCGUGGUUUUCUGCACUAGUGUUAGCAGGGGCUGUUGAGAGGUUAUCUGGAGUAGCAUUGGGGGUUGCUAUGGAGCGUGACUGGGUUGUGCUGCUGGCAGGAAUCAAUAGACCAAUUGCCCUUGCUCAAGCAAAUGCUAUUCUUAAUCGAAUUGAUCAUCUCUGUGAGAUUACUGGAGCAUCACUAUUUGGCAUCCUUCUCUCUAAGUAUGACCCUGUAAUCUGCUUGAAGUUUGCUGCUGGUCUAAUGAUAUGGUCAUUACCGAUUAUGAUUGGUCUCACUUGGUUGACCAAUAAGCUUUCUACUGGUGUUCUUGACCGCCCUAAAUCCAGUGGAGGACAUUUGGAUGACAAUGACAGUAUAGUGGAUGUGGGCUUCGAGGCUAUCAAGCUUGGUUGGAAAGAGUACAUGCAGCAGCCAGUUCUUCCUGCAAGCCUGGCCUAUGUGCUCCUCUACUUCAAUGUUGUUCUCGCUCCAGGUAGUCUGAUGACAGCGUUUUUAACACAGCGAGGUUUGAAUCCAUCUAUCAUUGGGGGAUUCAGUGGACUAUGUGCUUUUAUGGGUGUUGCUGCAACAUUUGUUUCUGCAAACCUGGUCAAGAAAUUUGGCAUUUUAAAGGCUGGAGCAGUAGGAUUGAUAUUUCAGGCUUCACUUCUUGCUGUAGCUGUUGCUGUAUACUGGAGUGGAUCUCUUUCACAGCAGAGUCCCCUUAUUUUCUUCUUAGGACUGAUAGUAUUGUCAAAAUUGGGACACUUGUCGUUUGACGUUGUUGGGGCACAGAUUCUUCAAACUGGAAUCCCAUCAUCCAAAGCUAAUCUUAUUGGGACAACAGAGAUUUCCGUUGCAAGUCUGGCAGAGUCUGUAAUGUUGGGAGUUGUAAUUAUUGUGAAUGAUGCUUCACAUUUUGGAUUUCUAGCAUUGCUGUCUCUCUUAUCAGUGGUUGGGGCGGCAUGCAUAUUCUGCCGUUGGUUAGUGAAUCCGACAGCUGAACAAAGAAGUCUUUUUUCUUUCGAUCGUGAAUUUUAAUUCUGCCGCUGGUGCUGUGUCAGAUACUCAAAGGUGCUAAAAGGGCCUCUGUUGACUCUUGAAUAGGAGCCAAGGUACAUUAUAUUCUAGCUUUCACAGAAUCCACACAUGAAUUCAACAGAAGCCUAGGCCGCAUAGCAUAUCUUCUCAACUGAAAACUUUGUUUCCUUGCUGGUUUUUCCUGAUUGUAUUAAUUCAUCACUAUAAAAGCCUAUGACAUCCUCGUCUCAUCACAUCAUGUACUUUACCAGUUUCAACUUUGUACAAACAUUUGAAUAGUUAUAUGUAUAGCAUUGAUUCAUUGUACAUCAUUAAUCACAGCAAUGAAACAACUCUGGAUUCUCAAAA